UUAGUGCCGUGGAACUUUUCAAAAUUCUGUCCUUCAACAAGAACGAAUUAAGGAACUGGAGGCGACAAGUUGAAGAAGAAGAUUUUUCAAAUGAAGAUCCAAAUAUAAUGCCAAAUGACAUUGAGGCUGGACCAAGUGACUUGAAUCUCGACAUUAAUUAUGGUGCCUACACAUGUCAGAUUAAUGUGCAUGUUCAAGCAAACAUGCAAGGUAGAUACAAUUGUGCAAGGGACUUUUAUGAAUGUAGGGAAGAGAUAAGAUUCAGCCUACCAGCGCCAAAGAUAUGUCCAUUUUGUAACGCACGACUUUUUUGCAGUGAGUCUUCCACAAUGUGCUGUAUGAAAGGAAAAAUAUCUUUUCCCAGCUUACCAAUCUCAGAACCAUUGAUGGAUUUAUUUUGUGAACAAUCUGAACAAGGUCGACAUUUUAGGCAAUUUAUACGGUCUUACAAUCACAAUUUUGCAUUCACCUCAAUGGGUGUUCAUGUAGAUGACAGUAUGGCAUCAACAAGUCGCGGAAUUUAUACCUUUCGAGCCCAAGGUUCCAUAUAUCACAAAAUUGGUAGUCUUUUGCCAACAAAUGAUAGGCCGCGUUAUUUACAAUUAUACAUCUAUGACACGGACAAUGAAAUUGAGCAUAGACUGAGUGAAUCACGAGACCUUCGUGCACAUAUUGUCCAAUGUGUAAGAACUAUUUUAGACUGAGAAAAUCCAUUUGUUAAGGAGUUUCGUCAACUAGCUCAGAGGGAAGAUUUACAUCAAUGUAAACUCAUAAUCAAAGAACAACAUCCAAAUCAACCUCAAUAUUGCCUUCCCACAGCUUCUCAAGUUGCAACUGUUGUUGUAGGAGGUGAUGAAGCCGGACAGUUAUAUGGAAGGAAUAUAUUGGUAGAAACGAUAUCUGGACAGCCUAUUACUAUUCCAGAUGUAGCAGGAUAUUAUGAUCCACUACAAUAUCCAUUGCUAUUUCCAUUUGGAAUGUAUGGAUGGGAUAUUAAUACCACCUGUGCAAAUAAUAAUGCGGUCACAUGUCGUGAAUUUUAUGCAUAUAGGUUUCAGAUUCGCCCAGGACCUAUGUCAACGCUCUUACAUGGAGGGCGUCUUUUGCAACAAUAUGGUGUUGAUAUGCAUGUGAAGAUAGAAUCGCAUAAGCUUAGAUGGAUACGAAAAAAUCAAGAAGCUCUUUGGGCAGAACAAUACCAAGGCCUCCAAGAUGCUUUCCAAGCAGGAGAAAAUUAUGCUGGAAAUGUGGGGCAUAGGACCAUUCUACCAUCAUCAUUUGUGGGAAGUCCACGCGAUAUGAUUCAACGCUUUCAAGAUGCUAUGAAUUUGGUUCAAAAGUUUGGAAAACCAGAUUUAUUCAUCACAAUGACGUGCAAUCCAGGGUGGGAGGAAAUAAGAAAUGAGCUUUUACCAGGACAAAGUUCGCAAGAUCGACCAGAUUUAUUGGCAAGGAUUUUUAAAGCAAAAUUUGAAGAGUUUAAGGAUGAUAUCAUUAACAAAAGGGUUCUUGGAAGAGUUGUUGCUCAUGUGCAUGUCUUUGAAUUUCAAAAAAGGGGUUUACCACAUGUCCACAUGCUUCUAAUUUUAAAUGACAAUGAUAAGUUACAUAGCCCAGAUGAUUAUGAUCGCAUUGUACGAGCUGAAAUUCCUUCUAAGGAUGAUGAGCCUCAAUUGCAUAGUGCAGUACUCAGACAUAUGAUACAUGGUCCCUGUGGAACACAAAAUCAAAGAUCACCUUGCAUGAAAAAUGGGAAGUGUAAAAAAUCCUACCCAAAGCCUUUCUCUCGAGAGACUUACCAAGGUAAUGACUCAUAUCCUGUCUACAGAAGACGUGACACAAAUACCCCAGUGCCUUUGAACAAUCAACGAAAUGUGAUGGUUGACAAUAGUUGGGUUGUUCCGUAUAAUCCUUGGUUGCUUCUAAAAUAUAAUUGUCACAUUAAUUUAGAGAUAUGUUUUAGCAUAAAAAGUGUGAAGUACUUAUACAAAUAUGUGUAUAAGGGUCCUGAUCGUGUAUUUGUUGAAGUGAGGCCAGAACCAAAUUAUGAUGAGGUACAACAAUAUGUCGAUGCAAGAUGGAUAUGUGCUCCAGAAGCAUUUUGGAAGAUAUUCACUUUUUCAAUGUAUCGAAUGUACCCUUCGGUGGAACGGUUACAAAUUCAUUUACAAAACCAACAUCAAGUGAGGUUUCGAAGGCAACAACCUAUUGAAAAUAUUUUGGAACAAAACAAAAAAACAAUGCUCACUGAAUUUUUUACUAUGAAUACCAUUGAUGCAGAUGCAAGGCAAUACUUAUAUAGAGAAUUCCCUGAGCAUUAUUGUUGGAAUAGGAAUAGUAAAAGUUGGAGACGGAGAAUAUCUCAUAAAAAAGUAAUUGGCAGGAUAUAUACUGUUUCACCAUCAGAGGGAGAAAGAUUUUAUUUGCGUGUCAUUUUGAACCAUGUGAAAGGACCAACAGGAUUUCAAGAUUUGUUGACUGUGAAUGGGAUAACCUACCCAACUUUUAAGCAAGCAGCUGAACAGAGGGGUUUAUUAGAGAAUGAUAAUAGCAUAUGACAAUGUAUGCUUGAGGCGGCAAACAUUAGAAUGCCAUUAGCUUUGAGAAGAUUGUUUGCAACUAUAUUGGUAUUCUGUGAUCCAACUGGAGUACGAGAUUUGUGGAAUGAGUUCUACCUGCAUAUGGUUGACGAUUAUCCAUCAUCAUCUAUCACAACGGAUGUAGUUCGUACA